AUGCUUUUCACAGACUCCAUGGUUUCUGUGGCUACUCUUUGGGCUGAAUUUAGUCUUGGAACAAUCUAUCUCUUUACCCAAUCUGUCGAGCAGGUUUAUGGACAACCUUAUGGUUGGAACUCCCUACAAGCAGGAUAUAUCCAAGUUGCUAUUGCCGUCGGUGAGGUAUUUGGAUGUGGACUUUGUAUGUACACCAAUCGCUGGUACUACGAUUCCGCUGUACGAAAUACCGAAGUUCCUGGGACACCUAUCCCUGAGGCUAGAUUGUAUCCAUCAGUCAUCGGAGGGUUCUUGGGUGUCACAGGUGGAAUGUUUUUGUAUGGGUGGACAUCAGUCUCUGCCAUACAUUGGAUGGUACCCACCAUUGGACUGGCAAUUGUGGGCUUUGGGACAACCGCCAUCAUAGUAAGCAAUGCAAGCUAUCUUGUCGAUGCAUAUAGCAAGUAUGCAGUAAGCGCUCUCGGAGCUGUUGGCUUGAUCGAAAACGCCACCCUCGCGUUUAUUCCACUUGCUUCAGCAUCCAUGUACACGGAUCUCAGAUUUCAUUGGGCUAGCUCACUUCUCGCGUUCUUAUCUUUAGCGCUUGUUGCUACCCCAUUCGCGGUCUUCAAAUGGGGUAAACAGAUCAGAUCUCGCAGCUCAUUCAUGAAGGAGACCAUCAUCAAGCGGCGCCACGCAGUUUUACAGCAGCCACUGCGUGUUUGA